AUGUUUCUCCCCGUGAAUACUCGCUUUGAUCAAUUGAUGAUCAGCCGCGAUCAUUACCAUGAGCAAGGAGAAGGGUCCACUGAAUGCAAUGGAAAUGGUAGGAAUAUUGGUGACUCACAUUACGUCUCUGGUGGAUUAAUUAGUUUGAUAAACCUCAAAAUGGCGAAGUUGGAAUUUUCUCGAUACAAUGCAAGGAAGAUCCCACCAUGGUGGUUUCUCAUACCGAGCAAUUCUUACUCCAACAACCCGAUGUUCAUUAUAAGGCCAAGUGUCUACCGGAAGUACACUUUUGUCAAGAUUACUUCCACAAGGCGGCACGGUGCCUAG